AUGGCUAGUAGCGAUGAAAGCUUUAACGGUUUAUUAUCUAAAUACGAGAGAGAAAUGGAUGGAGUAAAAGAAGAAUCUGAGUCCGAUGAAAGUGGUCGUGUAGGAGCACAAGGAAUAGAAGGUGAUUUAGAGCCGGGCAAUGAGAUUGAAGAGUUAUUACGUAUUGAACAAAUGAAUGCUGAAGUAGUAGAUACUCCUGAAGUACUGGAAGAGCAAGAUAAAACUGAAGACUUAGUUAAAGUACUGGCUUUGAUGCAUAGGGCAGGAGUUGAGGGUACAAUUGAUUCAAAUGUGGUGGGUUUCUUAGAGGUGUUUAGCCAGGGACUAGAAGGGGCCUGGCAAGAGUUACAAGCUCAAACUAGACUAGUACUUAGUGAGGCAGAUACAAAUAUGAAAGGUUCGGCUUGGCGCCGGAUAAACAAGCAGAAGCCAAUUAAGCAACGUAUUAAGCAAGCAAUUACUGAGAAGAGUAAAAGAAUGGUUAGCAAAUAUGAUGAUAUGCCGUUUAUUGUUGCCUGUACUAAGGAUUUCUGUUACAAGAGCGGCAUGCGUUUAGUUAUGCCCAGAGCUGAGAAGAAAGUGCGCCAAGAGAAGAUUGAUGAUAGAGUGCAUGAUAAGUUAAUUGAGUUCUACGUGCCCAGACAGCAAUAUGAAUGGGAGGAUGAGAAAAUCACAGAAUUCAUUGCGUGUAUCUUUAGAGAUUGA